AGACAGAGGGAGAUAGAGAGUGACAUCGAUAGCGCCAGUCAUCUGGCAAAAACGACUGAUCUAUCCACGUUCAAUCUGCCUUUGAACCGAGUGGGGAUUUUCUCUCUCUCUCUCUUCCUGUGACUUUUUAAAUCCUGACUGACUCAAUCUAGCGGCUACACGGAGCAGCGGAGCAAGGAAAUGAAACAUGAUACUGAGGAGGAGAUGCAAUUAUCCUGAUACUCUCUCGCUGCUUUGGAAAAGUAGAUUGUACAGUGAUCGCAAAUAGUUCCCGGUCUGUUGGCACCCAGUAUGGCAACGUUUCCCAACUCCGGACAUAUGUCUCUGCUUCUCACAAUCUCGCUCAUCGUAUACCGCGCGUCCGGGAAUGAGAUCUUGAGGUUGAAGAUACCAGCGGACCCGAUUCUGACUGCCAACACUGUGUGUUUGUCGCUGCCGGGGCUGAGCAGGCGCCAGCUGGGGCUUUGCGUGAGGAGUCCCGAUGUGACUGCCGCCGCCGUUCAGGGCAUUCAGAUCGCCAUUCACGAGUGCCAGCACCAGCUCUGGGAUCAGCGGUGGAACUGCUCCACCCUGGAGAACGGCGGGGAAAUCCUGCAAGACACCGUCAUCUUGAACCGAGGGUUCCGCGAAAGCGCUUUCAUGUUCUCCCUGCUCGCCGCCGGGGUUACACAUUCGGUGGCCACCGCCUGCAGCCUGGGCAAGCUGAACGGCUGCGGUUGCGAUCAGAGGCGGAGGGGAGGAGAAGAGGACCAGAACCUGCGCUUCAAACUCUACCAGCUCCGGGUACAAGCCUUGACCCAGGGCCUCUCCGUCUCCGUUCCCAAGCCCGAGGAACGUUUCUCCGGGAUCCAGGACUCCUGGGAAUGGAGCGACUGCAACCACGACAUUGAGUUCGCGGAGAAGUUUUCCAGGGACUUUCUGGACUCGAGAGAGACAUCGAGGGACAUCCACGGGAGAAUGAGACUCCAUAAUAACAAGCUGGGAAGGCAGGCAGUCAUUGACAACAUGAAACGCAAGUGUAAGUGCCACGGCACUUCUGGCAGUUGCCAGUUUAAAACAUGCUGGCAAGUGACCCCUGAUUUCCGACGGGUCGGGGCCGUGCUAAAGGAGCGCUUCCAGAACGCAGUCCUCAUCAAAACUCACAAUAGGAAUACAGGCCAGUUCAGCCUCAAGCAAAGCAGGAGGCGGAUUUACAAGGACAUGGUGUACUUCGAGAAGUCUCCCGAUUUCUGCGAGAAGGAUCUCGGCACAGACUCGCCGGGGACACGGGGAAGGGUUUGCAAUAAGACCAGUCAAGGGAUGGACAAUUGUGACAGUCUGUGCUGCGGGAGAGGGCACAACAUCCUCAAGCAGAGCCACAGUGAACGGUGCCACUGCCGAUUCCAUUGGUGCUGCUCCUACGUGUUGUGUGACACGAGGCGCAGUGUGACUCAGUGGGUCAAUGUAUGCAAAUAA